UCAGAAAUGAUGCUUGUGGGACACGUGCUGGCUGUGUUGGCAGUCUCUAUGUUCAGUUGCACUAUGGCUAUUGACGGUAACGUAACAAGCAACGAGACAAAAGCAGUAGAUGAAAUGCACAACCUCAAAUGUCAAAAUUUCAAAGUUUCGAUCCGUCUUCUUAAACCUCCUUCAGAGCCAAGAGGUAGUGAGGGAUAUGAUAAAAUGGAGUGCAACAUUUGUGAGAACGUUAAACUCAUCUACAGAUGCUACCCGUGCUUUCAAUCUUUGAAAUUUAUCGGUUUAAAGCAUCUUCCUGACAACACAACUGCAGCAACCUUUGUCAUGAAUUUUGGCUGUGAAGGACGACAUCUAAGAGUCUUGGAAUCUGUUUUGAAAAAUGGCAGCAUUGUAAGCGCUGAUUGCUUCGAAGCAGAGUGUCCUCCAGAAUCACCAGAAAUCCAUCUUGUCCAGCCAUGCAUAACACCUGCUAUUACCCAGUGUUCAACGCAAGUUUGCCAAGCACCUGAAACCUACAGCGUAACACCCUAYCCCACUGACUGCCCCCCAGCUGUACCCCCACAGAUUCCCAUGAUACCACCUCACGAACCAAAACCAAUCCCAGCACCACAAGUURUCCAUCACAUCACUUACCCAGUCGCCAAUUCCCCGUACCCAGAUCCCUACAACCACGUAACGGAACACUAUGUUCMCACAACUGUUGAACCCCCAACUGACGGUCACCAAGGUGAAGCACCACCGGAGAACCACAAGGAGCAAGACAAGCAAGAUGACGAGAAGCCUUCCGAUGAACCAAAUCAAGAAAAAGAGAACAAGGAAGAGAACAAACCAGCUCAGCCACAAGCAGUCGGUGUUUUUGGACAGACCUUUGUCAAUGGACAAUUACAACCAMCUUAUCCACCCGUACAAGGAAACCUUCCUGGCCAAUCAGGGCUGCCUCAUCUCCCAUACCCUCUCCAGCAACCUUUGGCCAUUCCAGGSCAGGUCCCUGCUCCAGUCMCRUACCCUUUCGGAGCAUGUCAUCCAAACUGCGCCCACUCAUGCUCAAUGAACUGCCACCCAGCAUGCUGUAGGUCCAAGUUUGCGCCCAAAACACGCUAUAGAGCGUAUUUGCAGAAGCUGAAAGCCAUCCAGGGAUAAUAAUUUAUUAACAUAAAUAUAUUAGAAUUAUGCUACAAUGAAUUGAAACAGAAUGCGAAAUAAAUAUCAGUAGAAGUUAUCGAUUUGACAAUAUGAAAGAUUUUAUAGGYUGAUCAAUAUUUCUACCUUUUGCGAAAUGGUAUUGCAUAAGGUGCCAAGAAGAUAAACAGUCUUUGAAUCUGGAUUUAAUACCUUGUUAUAACGAAGUUUAAAUGAGUAAUUUCGAUUCGUGUAUAUACUUUAGACACGUCCUGUAUUUUGAAUAGCGUUUAAGUCGCUAAGGGAAUUACACAUAUUAUCUCUUGGGAUGAAUUAUUAUUAAUUGUUAUUUUAAUGUAUAGGACUGUACAUUUUGAACUGGAUUGGUGAGUUAACAAAUUGAAAUAAAAUG